AUGGUCAAUUAUCUGGAUCCGCUUAUCAUAGAGGCGGAAUAUUUGUCUCUCGUUAAGCUCAUUCACGUCGUUUGUGGUAUCUACAUUUGGGAAUGGGCCACGAAUCUACCGUUCGAAUGGAAGCUCAUUACCCACAUAAGGGAGAUCAAAGCGUCUGGCAUUCUUUACAUCUCCUGCCGAGUUGCGACUCUAGCGGCUAUCAUCUGCAACCUUGUCGACUUUAAUGUCACGACUGAGAUUGACUGUAUGGUAAUCUAUAGGCUCAUUUUGUCUUUUGGAUAUCUGUCUCUGGCAUUAUCCUCUUCCCUGAUUGUCCUACGAGCAAUCGCAAUAUGGCAUUGGAAUGUCUUCGUCGUUAUCAUCGUGCUUGCUGUGUACCUCCUCAACGUCGGGUUUCUGAUUUACGGGAUUGUCGACAGCCCGGUUGCUAUGUGGGAUGCGCAGAGUGUAGCCUGUUUAUUGACCGACUCUGUAAAGAGCAGGGCGAACAUCUGUGUCACCCUAUCGUCGGAUGUCACACUGCUCCUCGUGAUGUUGGUCGGAAUUUUCAGGAGCAAGGGAGGUGGCGGUCUUUGGAAGGUGAUCUACCACCAGGGCGUGGUAUGGCUCGUGAUUGCUACGCUGUUCUAUAUACCUCCUGUGGCGUUAAUUGGUUUAAAUUUGAACGAUCCUAUGAACCUGAUGCUACAAACGCCCACAUACGUCGUCAUGGCGAUCUGUGCAACGCGCAUGCACAGAGGCUUGUAUGAAUUUGCGCAUUCAGGCCACAUCAUGGCGACUGUUACCCAGCAGUCCAGGUUCGUGCCGGUUAACAAUGUCGAGGUGUCCUCGAUACCACUGAGCCGAUUUGCUGGAGUGCAGGUGGAAACGAAACAGGAUGUCUAUGAUGAUCAAGGAAUUGAGGUGUCCAAGGCCAGCCUCACCGUGACUCCUUCGGGGGUCAGUGCAGACAUGGCUUAA